UUAUUAAAGAGGAUAUUCUUCAAUCUCGUUAAAACCAUAAAAUUUCUCUCUCUAGAUUGCUGAAAUUCAUCGGAAACCUUUUCAGUUUUAGCGGUGCUUGAAUCUUGAUCUCUGUUCUAUCCUCUUACAUCAAUCUGGGAACUGUAGUUUUGGCGAUCAUCGAUCACUGUUACUGCGGGUGUUAAAGAUUGGAGGGCAUCCCAUCCACUAUGGCGCACCGGAAUACUCAGUUCACCAGUCAAAUAGCUGAUACUGGAAUGGAUUGGCAAGGCCGUAGCCAUGUACAGCCCGAACCUUGCAUUGUUUUUGGAAACGUACCAAAUUAUCCUCUACCUCUCCACCCGGUGGUUCCUGCUCCAGCAAACCAGGGCACUUAUAGUUUUCAACCUGUGCCAGAUCGUCAUGGAAGUGCUUUACUCUAUAGGAUGCCACAGCUAAAUGGUAUCCCUCUUCCGCAUUCAGCCCUAAACCUUGAUUUAGCUGUUGGUGCACCUUCUGGCCAUUACAAUCCAUACCUGGAACCCCUAUCUGGCAACUACGGCUGCAGCAUUACCUACAUAGAUAGCAUGAGAGGAUCAUCUAAGAUAAAGGAUUUGGAGGGGGCUCCCGGAAAUUUCCAGCAUCAUAAUCCUUCAGCAGGUCCUAGUUCUUCUGUUCACCAUGUGAUGGCACCUGAACCUGAUAUUAAUGUGAUGGAUCCUGCUUCUUUCCCACCACUUGGCAUCAUUGACCCCACACCAAUGGUAGCAAGUGGCUCUCAAAGGACUCUGCGGAACAGGCUUGGUAUGAUUGGACAUGAAUCCGUUUCUACACAUAAUGCUAGUCAUCUGGUCCCGGGAAACUAUGCUGUCCCACCUGUUAAUUAUCCUGGAAAUCCUUGGCUGAAUGUGCAUUUUGGUGCAAAUAGCAGUAAUAUGAAUAGCACUUUUGCGCGAACCCAUGUUCCAUCAUAUGCCCAUGCUGGCGUGCUCAGACCUGCGAUCGAAGCUGGGAAUAUAAACCCUCAUGGUUUUCAAGUAACAGCAGGUAGCAGUUCUUGUGGCUUUCUGCCUCCUUCCCUUCCUCAAGGCCACAGCAAUCAUCACCGUCCACUUUCACCUAUCCAAGGGGCAGGUGCAAAUGUUAAUUUCUCUGGCCAAGCUGCAAUGCCUUCCCCUGCUGGAAUUGGUUCUUUCCCAGGUCCAAGGCCCACAUUUCUAGUGCCUGCCCAACAAACAGGUUUCCCGUUAUAUCAACCACAUCAUAGGGGAUUUAUACCUGAUUCGAGUGUAAGGCAUCACACACGUCCUCACUUGAGAAUUUCAACACCUGAUGAAUUUGCUUCACUUGAUGUUGCUGGCUACCAUGAAGCAGGAAAUUAUACUGAUCAACACCAGGAUAUGCGCUUGGAUAUCGAUCACAUGUCCUACGAGGAGCUUCUUGCAUUGGAAGAACAAAUUGGUAGUGUUGGGACAGGAUUGACCGAGGAAUUCAUUCAAAAUCAUUUGAAAGUAAGAUAUUUUUCCCUGUCAGUAGCUGAGGCCGAUCUUGAGGAAGCACCUUGCUCAGAUGAGCUAGUCAACUUCUGUGUUAUAUGCCAGUGUGGUUACGAGAAUGAAGAUCCUGUUGGAACCCUCGGCUGUGGACAUGAAUACCACAGUGAAUGCGUAAAGAAGUGGCUGGUGAUGAAAAACUCUUGUCCCAUAUGCAAAUCCGCUGCCUUGACUCAACCAUCAUCGGCGAAGCAUUUGUAAGCAGAGCCAGAGGCAUUCGGGCCAGAACCAUUUAUAUCAAGAAUUACUAUUUAUGAUAUAUAAAACAUUUUUGUUGGUGUAUUGUAUAAAUGCAUACAUUUUAUGUACAUAUAUGGCUGCUAAACAUUGCUGGCCAUCGUCACCAAACUGUACAGCGCCGCCCUCCCUCCUACCCUGCUGCUGUUCAUGUUAUAUUAUGCCUGCCCGAAUGUUGCUUUGCUGUUGUAUUAAACUCUUGUGUUGUGGAAUGCAGUCACAUUCUUUCA